CGAACAAAAUUCGAAAAUGAUCCAUUUCUUGAUGAAGAAUUAAGCCAAUCCUAAUCGUAGAAAAGCAACGGUCACGAUCACCUAAAAACUCAAUGGGUUAAACAGUGACUCGGCUAUUAAAAGGGCAAAAGGUGUCUCCUCCAUUUCACAACACCAUCACCAAUUCUCUUCUCUCCACCAACCGUCUUCUUCCCCUCACUCUACUUUUAUCACAGAGACACAGAUCGAUUUCGCCAUGGUUACCAUCAAGUCCGUCAAAGCUAGGCAGAUCUUCGACAGCCGUGGUAACCCUACCGUCGAGGCUGAUAUUCAUCUAGAUGAUGGAACCUUCGCUAGAGCUGCUGUUCCAAGUGGUGCAUCCACUGGUAUCUAUGAAGCCCUUGAGCUCAGGGAUGGAGGCAAAGACUAUAUGGGAAAGGGUGUUUUCAAGGCUGUUCAGAAUGUAAAUGAGAUCAUUGGCCCUGCUUUGGUUGGCAAGGACCCAACUGAGCAGACUGCUAUUGACAACUUCAUGGUUCAAGAACUCGAUGGAACCACAAAUGAAUGGGGUUGGUGCAAGCAAAAGUUGGGAGCAAAUGCCAUCUUGGCUGUGUCUCUUGCUGUCUGCAAGGCUGGAGCGCAAGUCAAGAAAAUCCCACUAUACCAGCACAUUGCUGAGAUUUCUGGUAACAAGAAGAUGGUCUUGCCAGUACCAGCCUUCAACGUUAUCAAUGGUGGGUCUCAUGCCGGAAACAAGCUUGCAAUGCAAGAGUUCAUGAUUUUGCCUACGGGAGCUUCCUCGUUCAGGGAAGCAAUGAAGAUGGGUAGUGAAGUGUAUCACCACUUGAAGAGUGUGAUCAAGAAGAAGUACGGUCAAGAUGCGACGAAUGUUGGUGAUGAAGGUGGCUUUGCUCCUAACAUCCAGGAGAACAAGGAAGGUCUUGAGUUGCUGAAGACUGCCAUUGAGAAAGCUGGAUACACUGGCAAGGUGGUCAUUGGAAUGGAUGUUGCUGCAGCUGAGUUCUACAGUAAGGACAAGACCUACGACUUAAACUUCAAGGAAGAGAACAAUGACGGAUCACAAAAGAUCUCUGGGGAUGCCCUUAAGGAUCUUUACAAGUCAUUUGUGUCAGAGUACCCCAUAGUGUCAAUUGAAGAUCCCUUUGACCAAGAUGACUGGGAGCAUUAUGGCAAGCUUACUGCAGAAAUUGGAGACAAAGUACAAAUUGUAGGAGAUGAUCUCUUGGUCACCAACCCCAAGAGGGUGGAGAAGGCAAUCAAUGGGAAGUCCUGUAAUGCUCUUCUUCUCAAGGUUAACCAAAUUGGGUCAGUGACGGAGAGUAUUGAGGCCGUGAAGAUGUCAAAACGUGCUGGGUGGGGUGUGAUGGCUAGCCACCGCAGUGGAGAAACCGAAGAUACUUUCAUUGCCGAUCUUUCUGUUGGACUUUCUACGGGUCAAAUCAAGACUGGAGCUCCAUGCAGAUCUGAGCGUCUUGCCAAAUACAACCAGCUCUUGCGUAUUGAGGAGGAACUCGGUGACAAAGCUAUUUACGCCGGAGCAGACUUCCGUGCACCAGUUGAGCCUUACUAAGGUGUGAAUUUGCAUGCUGAUUUUGAGAGAAGGCUUAUCCGUUAAUAAUAGACCAGACCCUAGGGUGUUGCGGAGCAACUUUGUUGAUGUUUUUGUUGAGGGCUUGAGCAGUAAUUAAUUAAUGCUAUGUUUUUUGGAAACCGGAAUGCUUUGGUUUAAGCUUUAUGAUUUCAUAUUAUUUUAUCUUUGA